AUGAGCGGCGUCUUCCCCGCACCGAGCAGCGUCCCUUUUUGGGGGAUUCCUGCUGCUAUCAUCAGCUCUGGAAUCUCAAAGAUUCACAAUGCCGUCAACAACAUCAGGCCAUCAAAACGCGCGCAACGUGCGGCCUAUCGAGGUCUGUUGGAUCAACACCGCUAUCAAAGCUUUGCACCUCAGAGAGACGGAAACACCGUCAAAUGGUUUGUCGACGGUCAUGACUACAUGUGGGCAAUUUCAGAAGUACUGGAAGCAGCGAAGACGCAAAUAUUCAUCCUCGACUGGUGGCUGAGUCCCGAAGUCUACCUUCGCAGGCCGCCAGAGUUGUUUCAAAACUGGAGGCUGGACGACUUGCUCAAACGCAAGGCCGACGAGGGUGUAAAGAUUUACAUCAUUGUGUACCAAGAGAUUCCGGAAAAUGAUUCAAUGGACUCUGCGCAUACGGUCAAGGCACUUGAGGCCCUUAGUCCAAACAUCUUUGUAAUGCGCCAUCCAUCUCACGACAUCUUCUCGCCAGAGAGCGUCUACUUCUGGAGCCACCAUGAAAAGCUCGUGAUUGUUGAUAAUCGCUACGUUGCACUCGGCGGAUUGGAUCUAUGCUUUGGCCGAUGGGACACCCACAAUCACUACCUCGCAGACGCCCAUCCGACACAAUUCAAUCGCACCCUUUUCCCUGGUCAAGACUACAACAACUCUCGGGUCUUGGACUUCCAAAAGGUUCAACAUUUCGUGUUCAAUCAGCUCUCGACCUUGAAGACUGGAAGAAUGUCAUGGCAUGACAUUCACGUCAUGCUCGUUGGGCCGUCUGGACAAGACGCUGUGCUGCAUUUCGCUGAGCGCUGGAACUUUAUCAAGGGCCAGAAAUACGCCAACGAACCUCGCUAUCUGUACCUACCUAUCCCAACGACGACCUCGACCGCCGAAUCGAUAGUAUCUGCCCAUCCUAUGCUAAACUCCUGGGCCAAUACAGCCAAGGACACUCCCCAGCUUGUGGCGACUUCUCCCAGCACGAAUACACCGGCGGCUUCAGGUGAUCCAACAACCCAGAUGCAACCCACUUGUCGCGUGCAGUUCUGUCGCAGUGCGUCUGAAUGGAGCCAUGGAGUUAUUCCGACGGAGCAGUCGAUCCAGAACGCUUAUAUUCAACUUAUCAAGGAGGCCAAACACUUUAUCUACAUUGAGAACCAGUUCUUUAUCUCUGCCACGGAAAGCGGUGGAUCGAUUGUCAAUCUUGUCGCUCAGGCUCUGAGAGAUAGAAUUCUCCAAGCGGCAUCUGCAAAGGAAAAGUUCAAGGUCAUCGUUAUGAUACCAGAAGUACCUGGGUUCCCGGGUACUAUCAGAGAUACUAAAACGCUACAAAUCAUCAUGGGUGCGCAAUGGCGCACAAUCAAUCGGGCCGGGGAUUCCAUCAUGGAGCAAGUUGCUGCUAAGGGCUUUGAUCCGAAGGAGUACAUCUCUUUCUAUCACCUACGCUCGUACGACAGAAUCAAUGGUCCGCCAAGCUUCCUCAGCAAGAUUCGGGAACAAACAAAGCUCGAUUACGAGCAAGCACAAGCUGCUUUGGAUCGCAUCUGGCUUGGUCGAGCGGAUGCGGAAUAUAUCAAGGAUGGAGUCAACAUUUACGAACCUGAUCGCCAACUGACCACUGCGGAUCCAACAAAAGUCAGGCGUUGGUCGAUUCCAAAGACGGUGGAAGAGGCUAUGGCGAUCUUGAAGAAGUACGAAUCGGCAUCGUCUCCAUCAGACAAGCUGGUGGCAGAUAGCGUCGCUAGCCAUGCCCUGCGAGAAGAUAAACCCCUCGUCGACGAACGUUGGCUGGGAACGCCAGGGGAGGAGAAGGAUUGCUUUGUCACAGAGCUCACCUACAUCCAUACCAAAGUCAUGAUUGUCGACGACCAAAAAGUGAUCAUCGGCUCCGCAAAUUUAAAUGACAGAAGUCUGAAAGGAGACGGCGAUUCAGAGAUUGCAGUUGUAAUCGAAGACACUGACAUCAUUGAGAGCCAAAUGGAUGGCAAGCCAUAUCAAGCUGCGCGGUUCGCCGCGACGUUGCGACGCCAGCUAUUCAAAGAGCACUUGGGUCUCAUACCGCCACAGAAUGCCACACCAUCGGAUGCUAGUCAAGUCACGAAUGCCAUGACACCCGUCCCUAGUCCACCAGAUGAUACGACGCACAGUCCAGAGGAUAAAUUGGUGCAAGACCCACUCUCUGAAGAGUUUCUAUCUCUGUGGAACGGGACCGCAAAGAACAAUACUUCGAUCCUAUUGGACAUUUUCAAGACGGUACCAAACAACCAAGUUCACAAUUGGACGCAGUACAGCGAUUAUGUACCAAAAGUCGCACCUGGUCAUGUCGCAACUGACUUGUCCGUGGAGGAAAUCAAGAAGCGACUCGACGAAGUGCGCGGCCAUAUUGUUGAGGGAGGCAUCAAUUUUCUCAACGAGGAACAAGGUCUCGUCACCGGAUUCACAUUCUCAAAAUACAAUCCACUCCUCCCGCUUUGGGUCUAG